CACUACCGUAAAGCCGACAGUGGGUGCCGCAGUUAAAAUAAAAGCGCCCCGUAAAAUUGACCAGGGAUCGUAAUCCUCCUUUUUUGUCUGUAGUUCUGGGUCUGUAUAGAACAUCUUCUGCGUCCGUACCCGAACCCCUGUCCGCCAUAUACUGUAUGAUCAGGAAAUAGAGGACAACGGUGUGAAGGAGGAGCCUGGACGCAGCCCCUGAACGCACCAUACGUGGCGGGCCUCGUACUGUAUUUGAACGUCGAGCGGCGAAGGAGCAUCAACCGGGUUUUGUCGUAGCUCACUUCAGAUUAACCGACACAUUACAGAUAACAUAUGGCAUGCGUUUUUUACAACGGACUAUGCAGUAACAUCGCUUUGUCUUUUGGUAUGUAUGGCGACGACUGAGCAACUAUCCGUGGAGGCUAAACGUUACUGUGUUGGCUAAUGCGGCUCACGCUCAGCAAAUUAGGCCAAUUCGUUUGCAGUUUGCAUAGAUAUUUGCGGAACACACCUGCGUCUUGAUGUAUAGUAUAGCCCGCUUUGAGUGUUGACAACAGGACGAUCGUUGGGUAAUUAAGAUGCCUAUUCGAGCACAUUGUGCGAUUUGCUGCGAUUUCUUCGAUCACUCCAAAGAUGUUGCUGCUGUCCCCUGCGGACACACUUUCCACCAUGAAUGCCUUCUGCAGUGGUUUCAAAAAGGCCCAACAAAAACAUGCCCACGAUGUCGGAAGCAGGUCAGCAACCGGCAAAUCAUCAGCAGGCUCUUCUUUGACGCUGAUGGAGAGGAAACGCAUUCUGCUGACCCAGAAAGUUUGGAGAAUGAGCUUAAUAGGCUGAGGGCCCUUUUAAGCGCUAAAGAGCGAGACUGUCGGGACAAACAGAAAACAGUAGAUAGUUUGAAGGACUCGGUGGACAAUCAGAAGAGAGACCUGGGCGGUAUGCAGAAAGAGAUUUCAAAGAAGGACAUGUUGUGUUCUGCUCUCAAAAAACAAAUGGCUUAUCUGGAGACUCAACAUGAAGACUCUCAGGCUGCCAAGGACGAGGCCCGUAGACUGAGGACCAAAAUAAAAACAUUUGAAAGCCUGGAUGUUUUGUUACAGGGCCAAAGAGCGGAGGUGGAGUCCAUGAUCACAGACAUGGGUGUGAGUCAUGCUGCUGUGGAGCAGCUCUCCAUCUACUGUAUCUCUCUCAAAAAAGAGUAUGACAACUUAAAGGGAAGCUUGAAGUCUUCUAAUGACAUGUGUGAGAGGCUAAGGAGAGAAGUGCUCACCUCCAACGACAAGUUCCAAAAAGCUUCGGCUGAAGUGCAUCAAAGGAAAGAGGACAUGAAGUCGCUGCAACACGAUCUAGCUAAUGCUGACAAAGAGAUAUCUAGUUUAAAGAAGAAGGUGGAGUUUCUUCAGAAAUCUCUGAGCACGCCAAAAAGGACAAAUGAGGUGCUCAGUCGGCUCGUGUUUGAGAGCCCUGUUCCAAUGGAGCUGAAACAGCCUUGCCUCCACCAGCCUAUAGAUGGCGAUGACAUUGACCUCAACUUAACCUAUGAUGUAACUACACCAGAUGACGUGGCCAAGAGACCAGUAAAGAUCCCAACCAAGAAGAUGCGUUUAGAUCAUCAACCGGCAUCGGUAUCCAAACACAAUGAGAAGGCUUCAACGUUAAGCAAGGCCCGAGAGAAGGAUACAACCAUGGAUCCUUUCAUGAGGAACUCUCUCCUCUUCAGAAACAAGACUUUUGGUGGCAUGCUCGACCCUCGGAGGAAGCUUGGAUCUGUGCAUAGUGGUUAUGAUGGAUUAGGAGGACGAACCAAAUUCAUCCAACCUUCUCCGUUGGCAGACAUUCGCCCACUCAAAAAAGCUAGAAGAAAAAAGGUGAGCAGGCCUCCACCCAAGAUGGUGUCAUGCCUGACGUUGGACAGCUUCCUGGAGUGAUGAGUGAGUCCCAUGACAGGAUGCAACAUGACGUACGGCGCAGAGCUUUCAUCAUUCAUCCUCAAACGGGACUCUUUCUAAUCGCAAUGAAUUAUUUAAAAGCAGUGAGGUGACUGACCACUUCGUGAGUUUUUUUUUUUUUGUGUGUGUGUAAAAGCACGUGUUUUUUUUAUGUGUGGCUGUGAGUAAACAUGCAAACAUUUUCCAGAGGUGACUGUGCAUCAAUGUAUCUGUGAUCAUGUGAUUGAUCAAGGGAAUCUUAUCUAACCCGUUUCAGUGAGCAUUUUGAAAGCUGGUUAUUUUAGCACUUAUUUCAAAUCUUCUGUGUUGUAGUGUAUGCAUUUCCAGUCGUCGCCAUCAGCAGUAAACCAACUCCAAUAAUAAACAAUAUUUUUAUUCA